AUGGAGAACCAGGGGGCAUGGAGAACCAGGGGGCAUGGAGAACCAGGGGGCAUGGAGAACCAGGGGGCACGGAGAACCAGGACCAAAUCUAAGCGGAUCCACACGGGAGAAGACCACAUGCAACUGCCUACAAAGCUGAGUAUGCAGCAGGGCAGCGGGCCUCUCGAUACAACGCCGAGUGAAGCUGAGAAUUAUAAUCUAGCACUAACCAAGACACAGAGGCCCAGCCUGACCAGAGCGGCCCGGAGCAGUUUGGUGCGUCUCCGUUAUACCCCCGACCCUACACCAGAGGCACAUUGA